GUCCUCUACCCGGAAGUGAAGUGGAGAGGGCAGUGGAGACGAGCGGUGUUUCCAUCCAGCAGCUUCUGUGGACACAAGACGAGAGACAGACCAUAAUGUCUCUAACGGUGUUAACCUCCUGCAGACUGAGAUCCCUCUGCAGACUGCAGCGAAUCCAGAGACACAUGAUGUCCAGUCAUGUGGAAGCAGGCGUGCUGGUGGAGAAGGUGGGCAGAGCCGGUGUGAUCACCCUGAACAGACCCAAAGUCCUGAACGCCCUGAACCUGCCCAUGAUCCGACAGAUCUACCCUCAGCUCAAGACGUGGGAGAAUGACACUGACACUGACCUUGUCAUAGUCAAAGGAGCCGGUGGGAAAGCUUUCUGCGCUGGUGGAGACAUCAGAGCGGUGACAGAAGCGGGGAAGGUCGGUGACCCUCUUGCACAGGACUUUUUCCGGGAGGAAUACAUUCUCAACGAUGCUAUAGGAUCAUGCAGAAAGCCGUACAUCGCCCUUAUUGAUGGAAUAACCAUGGGAGGGGGUGUGGGUCUGUCGGUCCACGGACGUUUUCGAGUGGCCACCGAGAAGACGCUGUUUGCCAUGCCGGAGACUGCCAUCGGGCUUUUCCCCGACGUGGGAGGUGGUUAUUUCCUUCCGAGGCUCCAGGGCCGAUUGGGUCUGUUUCUGGCUCUGACGGGAUUCCGCCUCAGGGGACGUGAUGUGCACAAAGCCGGAGUGGCCACUCACUUUGUUGAGUCUGAGAAGAUCCCCGAGCUGGAGAAGGAGCUGGUGGACUUAAAGUCUCCUUCUGCUGAAGACAUCAUCCGAGUGCUGGACACCUACCAGAACCAGAGUCGUCUGGAUUCUGAGAAGCCUUUUGCUCUGCACAAGCACAUGUCUGAUAUUGACAGGCUGUUCAGCUCCAGCAGUUUGGAGGGAAUAAUUCAGAAUCUGAAGGCAGACGGUUCUGAGUUUGCUCAGAAACAGGCUGAGACUUUGUCCAAGAUGUCUCCCACUUCCCUGAAGCUCACCUUCAGGCAGCUGCAGGAGGGCGCCGCUCUGAGCCUGCGGGACGUGCUGGUGAUGGAGUAUCGACUGGGCCAGGCCUGCAUGAGGGGCUGUGACUUCUACGAGGGAGUCAGAGCUGUGCUCGUGGACAAGGACCAGAGUCCCAAGUGGAGCCCGUCCACGCUGGAGGAGGUGUCCGAGCAGAGCGUCGAGCAGUGCUUCUCCUCGCUGGGAGACAAGGAUCUGACUUUCUGAUGGUCCCGUCAGCCAGCAGCUGUUUCCCACCUCCGAACACACUCACAAACACACACACACACGCACACACACACACACCACUAAGCCUUCUGUAAACAACUGCUUCCUGUCCCCACAUCCCUAUAUGGUCAUGUGAGAGGACUCUACUACUGAGGAUGGGAGAGGCUGUGCUUUUAGGACACAUAGAUCUGCA